AUGGCAGUUGCAGCAGCGGGUCCCGUGCUCACAUUCAAUCCCAAGGAGAACGAGUGGGAAGUUUUCUUCAAAAGGUUAGAGCAGUAUUUUAUAGUACACGGGGUCACUGAAGAAGCUGACAAGAGAGCUCAUUUGCUGUAUAGUUUGUCUGAGGAGGCGUAUAUUUUAUUAGAAAAUUUAUGUAUGCCGCAAAAGCCGGAAGAAACCCCAUACCAAGACAUAGUUCAGUUAUUGUCUAACUACUAUGGUAAAACUGCUGUUGUAUGGGUCGAAAGGCAGAAGUUUUAUAGUGCAUCCAAAUCAGGAAAUGAGACGGCACUAGAAUGGAGUGUACGACUUAAAGGUUUAGCUCGCUAUUGCAAUUUUGGUCAGCAGCUUGAGUCCAAGCUAAGGGACAUUUUUGUUACGCAGUUCAAUCCUGGGAAGGUGAGAACUGAAUUAUUCACCCUAAACGAGAACACCACCUUAAAUAACGCUGUUGAAAAGGCCAAAAUUAUCGAAGCAGCGCUAGUAAUAAGAGACCCAGUUGGUGAAGUUAAAAGCGAGGUCUUAGAAUCCGAUGUUUUUCGAAUUACACAAAAUAAUUCAAAUGUUGGUGCCACUGCCGAUCAACAUCAUGAUCCUCAACGGUAUUAUGAGGGACAGCAGUACCUGCAGCGCAGCGGAGCCAAGGAGGCACGCGCAGGAGUGGGGGCAACAGCUCAAACAUGGCGCUGCCGCAGCUACAGCCGUUCACAUCGUCUGGUCGCUCUCCGGGCUGUUUCCGCUGCGGGAGGAACCACAACAGUAAUGACAUCCAAGCGAGGUGCUGAGACGAUUGAGCACAUAAGAGCAGGAUGUUCAACACUCGCAAACGUUGAUUAUCUGCGACGCCACAACCUCACUGCAGGAAUUAUUCAUCAAGCAUUGGCACUCAAACACCAUCUAAUAGUCACCGAAGUGCCGUACUACAAGUACCAGUCUCUGCCGGUUAUGGAUAAUGGUACAGCAAAGCUAUACUUCGACCUAACCCAACAAACAGAUAAAACCAUUUUCGCGAAUAGGCCAGAUAUAGUACUGCACGAGGACAAGGUGGCAUAUUUCAUAUAUAUAGCUCACCCCAUGGAUCAGAAUAUCACUAAAUCUGAAAUAAAAAAGAUAUCCAAAGAUAUACCACUAGCAUCCAUAAACUGCAAUCAGUAG